CCAUCAUAUUGAUCCAGACACACAGACACCAUGCAGUUCCUACUGCUACUGGAAUCCCUAAUGUUGGGCCUGGGGCUGGCGCUUCUGGUCCCACCCUGGAAAACUGCAAAAGAACCCAUGACCACAGCAGUCCUGACCAGUGGAGAUCCCUGUUACUUCCCCUUCCAAUAUCGAGGCCAGCUGUACCACCAAUGUACCAGGAAGCACCGUCCAGGACCCCGCCCCUGGUGUGCAACCACAGAUAACUAUGAUCGGGAUCAGCAGUGGGCCUAUUGCCUGGAGACCAAGAAAGUGAAAGAUCACUGCAAGCACAAUCCGUGCCACCAGGGCGGGACCUGCAUCAACACUUUUCAUGGAGCUCGCUGCCUCUGUGCCCCCCACCUCACUGGGCAUCACUGCCAAAAAGAGAAGUGCUAUCAGCCUCAGCUGAGGCAGUUCUUUGAUGAGGAUGAGACAUGGCUUCGUGCAGAGCCACCAGGAGUGGCCAAGUGCCGGUGUAAGGGCCCCAGUGCUGACUGCAAGUGGCUGCCACACAGCCAGGCCUGCCUGGAUAACCCCUGUCUCCAUGGAGGGAAGUGCUUGGAGGCAGAGGGCCAGCCUGUCUGCCAUUGUCCUCCAAGUUAUGCAGGGUACUAUUGUGAAAUAGACACUAGUGUGAAAUGUUAUAAUGGUCGGGGACUCACCUACCGCGGCACAGCCCAGACCACAUUGUCAGGAAAGCAAUGCCAACAUUGGUCCUCAGAGGCCACAUUCCGGGAUCUGUCCAGGAAACAGGUGCUGGCCAGGGGGUUGGGCCAUCACCCCUAUUGCAGGAACCCAGACAAUGACACUAGCCCAUGGUGCUUUGUUCACACUGGGACCCGGAUGAGCUGGGAGUACUGUAGUCUGUCCAUAUGCCAACAACCAACUCAGAGUCCAGCCAUUGCAUCACAGCACUUAACUACAUCUGCUCCAUCAUCUUUUACAGCAUCACUCAGGGAGCCUCUCCAGUCCCAGCCUUCUCGGAGGAAGAUUGGCUCUGUGGCUUGUGGCCAGCGACAAAAGAAGAGGCUCUCUGGGAUGACUCGCGUUGUGGGAGGGCUGGUGGCAUUACCAGGGGCACACCCCUACAUAGCAGCGCUCUACCUGGACCAGACCUUUUGUGCUGGCAGCCUCAUUAGCGCCUGCUGGAUUCUCACAGCAGCACACUGUCUGGAGAGCAGGCCUGACCCAGGACUGCUGACUGUGGUUCUGGGCCAAGAGCGAUACAAAGAGAGCUGUCCGCAGUGCCAGGAAUUCUCGGUGCGUGAGUACCGUCUGCACGAGGGCUUCCGGACUGACACGUUCCAGAACGAUAUUGCGCUGGUGCGGCUGCAGGAGACAAAGAACGGCAGUUGCGCGCAGUUCACGCCCUUCGUUCAGCCAGUGUGCCUCCCCGAUACUUCGGAGCCUCCGAGUGACGCCCUGAGCUGCCAGGUCGCUGGCUGGGGUCACCAGUAUGAAGGUAGUAAGCAGAGGGCAGUGAAGAUGGCUUUUUCCCUUACCUGGGUCUGCACGGGAGAUGACCCGGAUCGAGGGGCGGAGGACUACUCUAGUUACCUGCAGGAGGCUCAGCUUCCGAUCAUUCCCUACGAGCUCUGCUCAGCCCCAGAAGUGCAUGGGACAACUGUCACCCAAGACAUGCUGUGCGCCGGUUUCCUGGAAGGGGGCACAGAUGCCUGCCAGGGCGACUCCGGAGGACCGCUUGUGUGCGAAGAAGCAGCGGAUCGGCUCACUCUGCGCGGAGUGGUGAGCUGGGGCACAGGCUGUGGGAACCGAAACAAGCCUGGAGUCUACGCCAACGUAGCCAAUUAUCUAGGAUGGAUCCGGGAAAACACUGCCUCCUAACAGACUCUGGGUUUAACUUCCCCUGGGGUGGGCACUCAGGGCCAGUGGGGGUCCUGGUAAUGGGGCGGGUCUAGAAUGAAGAGUGUGAGAUAGCAUUA